AUGGCUGUGCCUCCCAUGUCCUGUACCCUCGGCGGCAAGUUCUACGCCUGCGCCAGCGGCAGCCGCUUUGUCGGCUGCUGCACCACUAAUCCCUGCGGAACGACCAGCUGUUCAGCAGGUCACCUUGUGGCAACCUCCUUCGAUCCAGCGGCAUACGAUGUCUUUGUCGAUCAACAGUGCAGUGGAGGUCUUUUCUUCACCUGCAGUAACAUCAGUCCGCCCUUUUGGGGCUGCUGCAAGAACAACCCAUGUGUGAAUGGACAAUGCUCGGCAACAGAUCUUGCCGCGGCAUUCCUGAGCAGUAACCCGACGGAUGCGGCGCCCUUCCUUGCGUUGAACGACACAGUCGGAUUGAGCACUACGCCAACAGCGAGUCACUCGCCAAGCGCAUUGAGCACUCAAGACUCACCUGUGUCCACGGCCUCGAAAUCCCCGAGCCACGUCGGCGCCAUCGUUGGUGGUGCAAUAGCUGGAUUCGCCGUUCUCGCUGCUCUGACAAUCAGCUUGCUGUGGCUCCUUCAUCGCCGCCGCGAUGUUAAGGUCGAAAAGUCAGCUAGAGUCAUUGUUCAGCAACCUGACAAUGGCUGCGGGUCUAUCGAGUAUACUGCAGGAUCAUCGCCAUGCUCGCCUAUUGUACCGCCAUAUCCAGGCUCCCCAGAGGUUCCUCCUCCGCAUCUGCCACGAUAUAUGGACAAGAGACAUGAUACUCACAUCUCUCAAGAACUACCAGGCUCGCCGGUUGGCCGAGAGCUAGGCAGUGGGCAGAGAUCUAAUCCCAACCGCUGA